AUGAACCUGGAGAAUCUCUGGGUAAAUGCCUGUGUGGACGUGGUUGUCUCUGGAGUGGGAUUACUGCAGGCUCUGGCUGUGGACCCCGGCACCGGCCUUGAUCAUGAAGUUCUGCACUCCAAAGAGGACUUGAGGGAGGCCUUCAUCCACUACAUGGAGCACGGAGCAGCCGCUGAGCGCUUCUUCAGCGAUAAAGAGGUCUUUCAGAUGAUCGCACGUGCAGCAGCAGAAUACCCCGGUGCAAAGUUAUACGUGGGAGGGAAUGCUGCCCUCAUUAGUCAGAAGCUCGCCACCUACCCUGAUCUGAUGGUUUUGUUAUGUGGUCCGGUCGGUCCUAAACUUCAUGAGAUGCUGGAUGAGCAGAUUGUCGUUCCACCAGAUUCUCUUCAGGAGAUGGAUGAAUUUCACCUCAUCCUGGAAUAUAAAGCAGGUGAAAAGUGGGGCCCAACUCAGGCACCUCAAGCCAACCGCUUCAUCUUCUCUCAUGACGUUUCCAACGGGGAGAUGAGCUCACUGGAGAUCUUUGUGGCGAGUCUGGAGGAGUUCCAGCCCGAACUGGUGGUCCUGUCAGGGCUCCACAUGAUGGAGGGUCAGGGGAAAGAGCUUUGGGAGGAGCGGCUGAAAGAG